GUUCGACAGGUGCAGGGGGGUGAGAAUAUACCAGAAAAACAUGUUAGUCGUGCAGGAUUCGGGGUUGCGUACUGGGUAGGAUGUUCCGAAAUAAAAUCUCCGGGAUGGACACCCCCGGUUCUGAUUGCACUGUGCUGGUGGUGAUUUCUUUCCUUUCGUUCUCUUCCAUGACCACUGCUUACAAUUAGGUGGGAAGUGAGCGCAAUGGGAAUUGAUCCAGGUAUUAUCAAAGUGUUCGGGCCACCACCACCGGGGCUCGAUUUGUCGGAAAGUGAAGUGUCUAGAAACAAUGGGGCGGUCAUUGCGAUGGUCUGUCUGGCCGCCGUGGCGGUGUUUCUGCGCUUCACGGCUCGAGUUACCUUGGGGAAUGCGUUGAUGGCCGAUGACUGGGUUAUUGUCAUCGCUCUGCUUUGUAUAGGUGCGACGGCAGGUCUGAGCAUCGUUGGUGGUACCCUGGGGGCAGGAGCGCACCUCUGGUCUCUCUCGUUGCCCAACAUUUCGCAGAUUUUCCGGAUCCUCCACUCCUAUACAUUUGUCUAUGCCGCUGCAUGUGCCUCGACCAAAGUUUCCAUUCUCUGCUUCUACAUCCGAAUAUUCACUCCAUUGGACCGGUAUUCCCGAUACGCCAUUGCCUUCGGCUUCUUUCUGACUAUCUCCUACCCGAUCAUCAUCUGGAUCACUAUGGGAAAUUGCUGCAGGCCGCUCUCCUUUUACUGGAACCAGUUCAUUGGGGAGAAGGGUACAUGCAUCGAUGUCAACACCUUCUUCCUGGCCCUGGGAAUAAUCAACAUGUUCAACGACUUUAUCGUGUUGCUCAUUCCGAUCCCGCGCAUUCUGAAGCUGCAGAUGACGAAUCGGAAGAAGGUGGCCAUUAGCGCGAUCAUGGCGGUGGGUAUCUUCGCCUGCGUAGCCAGUAUUGUCCGCAUCUGGUAUCUCUCCGUGUUCAUGGCCGCCCUCGACAUCACCUGGCUCAUGGGCCCCGUCUUCAUCUGGAGUACCAUCGAGCCCUCGGUCGCCAUCAUCUGCGCCUGCCUGCCGCACCUCGCGCCCUUCUUGAGGAUGAUACACCAGAACGUGCUAUCCAGUCGGGAUAAGACCGGGUCUAAGUCGUACGGUUCGUCGGGUCCCUGGCGGGGUCCCCAGCGGAGCUCCGUGUUCGGCAAUCGGGCGCCACAUUUCGAUGGCCGCCAACGACUGGGGGAUGACGAGAUCGGGCUGACGAACCAUGUCGCGGGAAGUGGGAACAUCCACAAGGCAGACUCGACGGCAUCAACGAUCCUAGUCCAGUCCAGCUUCGUGCAAUCGACCUCGGGGUCCCGGUGAUGGACUGCUGUGAUAUAACCUAGCUAACGUACACAGCUUAAAUCAUAUGGCCCAGCUGUUCUGCACCCGCCCGACAUGGUGGAUCCCGCGAAUCACUACUGGCCCGUGACGCUUGUAUGUAGAUGCUGAAGAGUUCUCUCUGGCUGAAUCGGGAUUAGAGAAUUGCAAGAACAAAUUCACUUAGAUAGCCCCACACUCAUGGCACUUGCUAUCCAAUGUCACUCAGCUUUUGAGAGAACGCAUGCACUAUCUAUCCAUCAUUAGUCCCACCCUUGUAACUAGUAGCGAGUGAGUCUAGAACUUAUUCCAGGCAUCGCCUACCCCUGCCGUUGUCAUAUGCCGAUCCAUGACAGCAUGAGCGCCU